ACCAGAACUAGAGAGUUAAAAGUUAGCAGGUUAACUCUCUGUGUCCUUCCUCCAACAUUCUGGGUAUACAGCAGUAUUUUGCAGAUUAUAAGAAAAUGUAUUUGAAUUUUCAAAACAAAACCUUUUGGGAAAACCUGCAUUUAAAAAGUGGCCUUGAGGACUGGGAUAUGGAGGAGAAGCUCAAGCUAACCACCACCACUGAUCAGUUUCCUCACGCUGCAGAUGAAAAACUGAACCAUCACAUGCUGAAGUGGCAGUGUGAGCGACCGGUGCGCAGGAAUUCACUCCCCAAGGAACUGUCUGAGACCCUCCCAUCCACACAGCCUGGUGCAGAAUUUAAUGUGCAGCCCCAUCUGUGGAUGUGGGUGAACCCCAAUCUGGUUUGCCCCAUUGCCGGCUGUCCCAGUGUGGACAUGCCAGGACCCAGUAGCCCAGCAUUCUCAGUAGCUGCUGCUGCACCAGGGUUUUCUUCUCCAAGCCCUUCCUUGAAUUACUCCAACCUUGACUGUUCUGAGGAGGAUCUGCUGUCGUCAUCCAGUGAGGCAGAGAAGUUCACAGAGGAUGAAGAUGCCUCAUCGGUGGACAUCUCACUCCCUCAGAAAAUGGAGACUCCCAAAUCUAAGGCUGUUCUGGCACUCCGGAAACCAAAGGUCACCAGAUGUCAGAGCAAAAAGCUCAAGUACAUCCUGCAGGCGAGCACCAAAAUCAAAGGGGGAUGGCCCCGCCCCCCCCUUAAUUACUGCAUCCUCAUCACCCUGGCCCUGCGUAACAAUGCAGAAGGCAGCCUGACUGUGCAGCAGAUCUACCAAUUCACACGGCAGCACUUUCCCUUUUUCCAGACAGCCCCAGAUGGCUGGAAAAACUCCAUUCGUCACAAUCUGUGCUUCAGUAGCAGCUUUGAAAAAACCUCCCACUUUGUGUGCAACGAGGGCAAUCGCAAGUCACGCCUGUGGAAGCUGACACCAGAAGGGUGCAGAAAGUUCCAGGAAGAGGUACGGGCUCUAUCUGAGGAGGCCCUUGACUUAGUGAGCCAGAGCUUGAACAAACCAGAACAGAUGCAAUCUUUGUUCAGUCUCUGAUCCCUGGUGCCUCUGAAAUAAGGACCACAUGGCUCCCAAGCAGGCUUAUUUCCUCCCCUUCUACUACAGUCAGCUUCUAAGCAAUUGCAGAAGGGAGCCCUAGAAGUGAAUGGAAACUCUAGGGAAUCAGACCACUAAUCAGAGGGAGCUGGAUCAGACCUGUCUCCCCCCUCAAUGGCUUGCUCUGGGCAGGCUUUGUCUCAUAUACUUCAAGAGGGAAUUUCAGCUGGAGAGUAUAGGGUAGUAGGAAAAUCUGGUCCUUUUGAUUUCUAACUUUCCCCCUUUCAGCAGUUUGAGUGGCUAUCCCAUCCAUGAUCCAUUGGCUGACGAUGGUCAGAGUUGGUUUUGUUUGAGGGAAGAUUGCAGGAAGCUUUAGCAUAAUCUUGGGAAUCUGAGAGCCUUUACUCUAACAGCAAUUUCUCAGCUGCUUCUGUGCAAAAUGUUCCCUUUCCUCUGUACAAGACGACUGGGAAAAGUCAAUUGAAUUUUUGUACUUUUUCAAUUCCUUAUUUUCAUUCUGCACUUAAUGUUGUGUAAAGUAUGCUGAAGGUAAAAAGCACUAAGGGCUGCUGAACUACAUUAAAAAAAUGAAAAUGAAGCAGAUAGUAAGAUCUAGAGCAGAGUUUAGACAUUCCAUUGCAGCCAUUUAAAGAUCCCAAAGACAUUGUCAUUUUAUUUUACUGAAGUUCCAGCUAACUAGCCCCCUUAAAAAAACCCCACAAACUACAACAAACAAAACUGCUCUUCAAUGCCAGUGGUAGGAGACACAAAGAUAAUACUAAAUGGAGUGGGAGGGGAUAAGGUGAAAACUGGGUUGUUUUUCUCCUGCCUCUUGAAGAUAGAGGUAGAAUUCUGUUAUUUAAACAGAGAAACAGAUCUUGUCUCACAUAGGGAACCAAUGAUGUGACAUGAGCAAAAAAGCUCUAGCAAGUGAGGGGAAAGGGAGUUUGUCCCUUGUUUAGCUAUCUAAUGCCAAAGCCUAAUGAAUUCUGGGGAGAAAUUAUGUCUUUGCUAAAGUCUCUCCCCUGCUCGACUAGGUGAUAGCUCUAACACAGAUCGCCUGACACACACACACACUUUCAGCAGAGACCAGACAUUCCAUUCCUGGUAUUUCUAAAGUUUUUGUUUUAAAAAGACUUCAUUAUAAAGCAGUACAAAUUUUAUUUUUUUACUAAACACCUCUGGCAGCUGUGAUUCUUUACACUGUCUUAUUUAACAUGAAAACUGCUGCUUCCUCUAACCAGGGCAGAAUGGAUCAUAAAACUCCAGCUCUCUGCCAUAUAUCUAGUCUACAUAGUGGCACUGCCUAUAAACAGCUGGUGCUAAAUACCUGCACUAAGAAAGGCAGAAAGCAAACAAUACAGGAAGAAGACUGGGUUAGUUUGAUCUCUGCUGUUAGUAACACAGCAGGAACUAUUUUUUAAUCAGACAGCAGCCACUUAAACUAGAGAAAACAUCACUUAUUUGAAGAUUU